GUUCAUACUCCAUCGAACACGCGUUUCAUUCAAAACACUUCUAAUCAUAGAUUAUGUAUGUAUUCUUUGAGUUCUAUAAAAUUAAGACCAACCGAUGUGUAAAUCAAAAAUGACAGGUGCUAGAUCAUAUAAAUGCGACGAAUCGUCUGUAUAUUGUACAGGAUGAACAUGUUACUGUUGCUAGCGUUCUUAGCCGUGCAAUCAUGUCCCGGAAUCUUCGGUGCGCGGAUUUUAGCGGUCGAACCUCACGGCAGUAAGAGUCACUGGCAGUACAUGAAGUCCAUACUGGAUUUGUUGUCCACCCGACACCAGGUGACGGUCAUCACGCCGCUACCGGCCGGCGACCGGGAGAACUACACGGAAAUCGACGCGUCGCAAGUGUUUCCUGUUUACCCGGUGAUGGACACGGUGUACAUGAUCGAGCAGUUCGGGUCGGUGGUGAACAUGCUGCCGCCGAUGCCGGAGCGCAGCCUCGAGCGCGACAUAUGCGACGCGUUCUUCGACUUCGGCCCUAUCAGGGACCUGUUGCGUCGCGGCCCCGACGGUCGGUACGACGUGGUGCUGCUGGAGCCGUUCUACUCGCCGUGUCUGUCGUACUUGGCGCACAGGUUGUGCGUGCCCGAAAUCUACGCGAUUCCGUCGUCCAUGAUCACGCCCAUGGAGAUGCUGAUAUUCGGCACCGAGCCUAAUCCGUCGUAUGUGCCCAACCUACUGUACAACGGUGCGUCCAUGGACGGUUUCGCGCAGCGGCUGGCCAACGUGGCGCUGUUCGCGUACGUCAAGAUCGUACCGUGGCUGACCAACGUCCGGAUGAUGUACCGCGAACCGAAAAGCUACGACGUGCCCGAGGUUCGGCACAAGCCGUUGUUGGUGUUCAUCAACACGCAUUUCAUUACGGAAUCGCCACGACCGUUUCCGGUCAACAUGAUACAGAUCGGGGGCAUCCACCUGCGACCUCCCGGAGUGUUGCCGGACGACAUACUAGAAUUUAUUGAAAAUUCGUCACAUGGAGUAAUAUUCUUUACAUUUGGAUCCGUGUCAUCAAUGUCAACUUUGCCAAAGCACAUUAAACAAACAUUCAUUGAAGCAUUUGCAAAAGUUCCUCAAAGAGUAUUGUGGAAGUAUGACGGUGAAAUAAAUGGAUUGCCUGAAAAUAUAAUGACAAAAAAAUGGUUCCCACAACGAGAUAUUCUUCUUCAUCCAAAUAUAAAAUUAUUUAUAAGCCACGGUGGAAUAUCUGGAGUGUAUGAAGCCGUAGAUGCUGGAGUCCCGGUUCUUGGAUUCCCUCUUUAUUAUGAUCAACCAAGAAAUGUUGGUAAUUUAGUGGAAGCAGGAAUGGCAUUAUCAAUGGACUUAUUGACUGUUAAUAAAAUUGCAUUUUUGGAAAAAAUUAACGAGCUAAUCAAUAAUAAAAAUUACUCUCACCGUGCAAAAAUCGUUUCGAAACGCUUCAAGGACCGCCCAGUUUCGUCAUCAGAAAUGGUUAACUACUGGUUCGAUUAUGUACUACGUCAUAACGGAGCUUACCAUUUAAACUCUAAAGCUCUUAAACUAACUUGGUAUCAAUACUUACUGUUAGAUAUAAUUAUUGUUGUAGUAACAUCACUUAUUGUUUUUUCGUACUUUACGUAUAUCCUCUUCCAUUGGUUUCAAAAUUAUACAUUAAAGUUUAAUGAACUAAACAAAAAGUUGAUUACCAUUAAGAAAUAGGUAGUUGAUAAUCAUAUUAUAUAUUUAGAAAUAAUUAAUCAAUGGCUUAUAACUUAUAACUUAUAGUCUAAAUACUCUAAAUUGUAUUCAUACAUAAUAUGUAGUUUUCCUUAUUUGUUCAUUACUUCAUUUUAUAAACAUUCCAAAGAUGAUAAACAUGAAAGACAUCAUCUAAAAUAUGUAUUUACGUAUGCCUUUUAACUUGUUCCUAUAUAGGACGUAUUUUCCAUAAACGUUAUACCUCAUAAAAUGCACUUAAAAGUUUAUCACAUAGAAAUUAAAUCAUAUAAAAAUCUAAAUUUACUGCAAAGUUUUAAAUGAGAAUAAUAAGAACUUAUAAAAUAUAAAUAGCAUAAUCAAAACAAAA